AUGAGCUCUUCGGCUCCGCCACCGUCGGGCGGGUCGAGUGCAGGGUCGUCUAGAGUUUCCGCUGCCAAGGUGGACGCCACGCACCUGGUGCAGACCAAGCUCAAAGUUCCGCACAGAUUCACCACUCAAUCAUUGGACGUGACCGGCAUCUUGGCUCAGCAUGUCGAAUUCCAACAGCUUCCACCUCCCACGGAUCCUUCUUACGCUUCGCGCAAAGCAGGGUUGCGGAAAAGACCGCUCGCAUUGCUGCUGCAUGGCGUCUUGGCACACAAAGACCAGACUUAUCACAAGGGACUUGUAGCCAGGCUGCCUAUCGACAGCUUCAGAUUCGACUUCCGCUCCAAUCACGAGACCCCACCUACUGGGGGGCACAAUGGAGGCUGGGGCAUGGCCAAGUUUGAUGUGAGUCGAUGGGAGGCAUGACAUCGGACAUAGCUUUGCGUCGUGGCUGAUCGACCCGCCAAAUUGAACGCUCAAAGGAAGAUUUAGAUGAUAUGAGGUCCGUCAUCCUUCAUCUCAGGGAGAGGUAUAACUAUCACGUGCACUUGCUCAUCGGUCAUUCACGAGGUGCUCUGGAUGGAUUUGCCUACUACUCCAAGUGGGCGGAGGCUAUGAGACAAGAUCCAGAGGAGCGGAUACCUUACUACGUCAGCUUGAGCGCUCGAUGGAGAAUGCAUGUGAGUGUCUGCUGGGACCCAUCUGCACAUGGGCUGCGCACGACCAUAGGAAGAAGUGACAUGCUGAAGCAGAGCCUCCUUCGUCGUGCUGUGGUUUCACGCGGCAGCGCAUACAUGGUGAGUAUCGUUUCUUGCGAACCACCUUUGUGCAUACUGAUCGCUUCAUCGCCCUCCACGUCAUGCAGAUCGAGACAAUGUUUACUUGCCAGCGUUUGCGAAGGAGGGAAUGUACCGGUGGAAUGUGCGCGUGGCAGGCAAGGAUGUAGAGGUGCAGAUCCGACCUCAAGACGUCGAGCAAUUCGCCAAUUUCCCAAUCGCAGAUCACGUCAGGCGCUUUCCGCUCGAUUCCGAUGCGCUCUUGAUACACGGAACAAGCGAUACGACAGUGCCCACUGCUGAUGUGGCCUACUAUGUCAAUGAAUUGUGAGCUCGAGCAGGUCGCGUCUGAUCAUCGAUCAUGCUCACAUCGCUUGCUCGUUCGUCAGGUCUGCACCCGGCCGAAGAGCAGGAUCGUGCACGCUGUGUGAGUGCAUCGACAUGGCGUUUUCCUUGGAUUUUUAAAGGCUGUGUUUAGCAAAGCGGGUCGUGCUCAUGUUUGGCCACCCCUUUCUGGCAGAUCUGGUCGAGAAUGGCAAUCACAACUUCAACAGCCAAAAGGGCUUGUGAGUGACAGAGUGCGCCCGAGCAUUGUACUCGCAAGCCGCGCACUCCCUCCGCGAGUGAUCGAGAGGCUCAGCGCAACAAUUUGAAUGCUCUUCCUUUGCAGAUACGACGAAGUCAUUGAGCGCAUCACUACUUGGUAUGCCGCACGCACAGGCUCGGGUGCUGAUGGCGCCGCCGCGCGGGCUGGCUUUGCAUCGGGCGUGUCAGCGGCUUCGACAUCAAGCGAGGCGGAGACCGCCGAAGAAGCGCCUGUCCCGACUGACUCUGGCCCUGGAGCAACUACCGAGACGCUUGAGAGCAGCUGGAGGAAAAGCGUCGACGGUGACAAUGCUGGCAAGGGCAAGCUAUGA